GGAAGUUCAGUCCUCCAAUCCCUACCGAAAUCGAAGCCUUCAUCUUGCCGUCGCGCCUUUGUGUUUUUUUCGCUGAUAGCUCCUAUAGCCAUCCCAAUACAUUCAUUCUUCCGAUCCCUGCCGGAAUCGAAGAUCUUCCUCUCAAGCCUGCCUUUAUGUUUUUUUGCCCAAAGCUCCAGUCUUCCCAAUAGAUCCAGUCUUCCAAUCCCUACCGGAAUCGAAGACGUUUCUCUCGCCGUCCCGCUUUUGUGUUUUGACAGCGAAAGCUUCUACGAAAAAACCCCUCAUCUUCCCUAUUGUCCACUGUCUGUAUCUCCCACCUGCUGCCUCUCGCUCUUGCCGUCUGUCCCAAUCUGUAAUCUCUCUCCAGCAUCAUCCUUAACUGGAGUCAUAUCCCAUGUUCCUGUAACUGCGUUCAAUCCAAUUGCAUACCAUUACGUGUUGCCGGUUUUGUUCUACAGUGGUGUAUAUUCUGUUCUUUGGAUGAGAUUUAGACCCAAUUUGUGGCUUAGGAAGGGAGCCACAGUUUGUUGAAGAAUUAAUCUCCCUGACUGAUUGGUUGCCGUUUGUGCUGAGAUUUAUCAGUCAGCCCAGAAGUUUGGAAGUCACGAUGGAAACUUAAAGCUCCUCCAAAGCAGCAAACUUGGAAGAGAAAAUGGAAGAUAAGGUCGAACCCGAAUGCCCCUACUGUGGCCAGAAGGAGACACAAACUCAUCAAUUUCUAAUGUGUGAACGGUCGACCAGAAUUUCGCUUCGAAGCACAUGGGCGAAUAAGCUCCCAUCGAAUGAGAAGUGUACCAUGGAUCAAUGAUUGGGGAAGCUGCUGCUAGAAGAAGAUGAUGACACUCAUAGUGGAAUUACAGCAUUUCUUUGGUUCCUUUGGACUCAGAGAAACAACCAUCUGCAUAAUAGUACAAAGCUGGAAGAAAAGGAGGUGUCUCGAGGUCACAGUGUUUUAUACAAGCAUAUAAGGAUGCCCAUGCUCAAGAUAGUCUGCAGGCUGCAUAACGCGCUGGACUUGAAGUACAAUGGAAUGGCCCACCGGUGGGAUGUUUGAAAGUGAAUGUUGACGCAUGCUGUCUAGGUCAAUUUGUUUUCUUUGUACAUAUGGAGUUUCUCUAUGAUUGAAUGAUUUGUUAUGUGUUGACUACUUGGAAGACAAGUAGUAUUGGCAGAAGUUUUGUUUGGUUAAGGCCAUAUUCUGAUCUUUAUAUUUAGUAGUAUUUAGUAGUAUAUUGCUCAUCUACGGACUUUUUUUGAAUGCUUAUGUUUUUACUGAAUUUGAAGCUUUAAAUUGUACAUAGUUUGGUUUAUCAUUUUCCAGAGAUAAUAGGAAUUUGAAAUUGGAAAUGGCAUGGAUCUGUUUGGUUUAUUACAACAUCAUUUUCGUUAUCCUUGUGGUUGUCCCAAGUUCAAGUUAGCUUUUCUUUUGAAAGAAUCAAUUUCAAUUUCCAGUAACUGUGAUGCUGCAACAUGUAGGGGUAUCACUUCGCAGGGUUAUCAAGUUAUGUAUCCGCUUUUAUUUCAUGGUUUUAUUUCUCCUUUUUCUAUGCUACUUUCAUACCUUGGUCCGUAGCUUCUUUGUAGUCGGUAAAAUGAUUUGUAAGAGUAAGUGGAAACUGUCAGCAAUAAAAUGGAGAAUUGAGGC